AUGGGUGUGUUAGGCCGUAUCUUUGGAAUUUUACUGGCGCUAGUGGUGGCUUUGGCCAUCGGCGCAUAUUUUUACCUGCAGGAUGCCAAUCGCCUGAAACCAGAGAUUGAACGAUUGAUCUCUGAACAGAGCGGUUACACCACGCGCAUCAACGGUGACGUGUCCUGGUCGCUGAUUCCGCCGCUGAGUCUGAAUGUAGCGGACGUGAACCUGAGCCGCACCGAUGAAGACAUUGCAGCAGGCAUGUUACAGCUGAACAUGGACCUUUCAGCUAUGUGGAACGACAUCAAUCAGUGGCGCGUUAGCGAACUGACCCUGCUGGACACGACAUACAACGCCGAUGGCGCAAGCACACUGUUGAACAAGCUGGAAGUCAAAGAUUUCCGACUGGGAGAGCCCGCCGAAGUAUUCGCCGAUGUUGUGCACACCAGCGAAGCUGGCGCAGAACCGCUGGCAGCCCGUUUAACAGGCUUUGUGACCUAUACACCAGCAACUGCGAGCCAACCUCAGCGAAUCCUCUUGAAAGAUGGGCGUAUUACUUCUGAAAUGGCCACAGGUGUUUGCCAGGCAGAAGCCACCGACAAUCCACUUGCGCCGGCGAAAUUACCUGUUGAAGGCAAAGAUGAUCUGCUACCGAUCGCCACGCUGUUGAGCUACAACUUCAGCGCGGACUGCAACCUAUCGGAACUGGUUGUGGGCGAAGAAACGUUCACCAACAGCCGGGUGGACAUCACCAAUACAGCAGGACGUUUGAAUGUCAUGCUGAACAUCGCCGAUUUCCUGGGGGGCAGCCUGGCCAGCGAUGUCGACAUAGAUGCCACUAAACCCGCGCCAAUCUGGACCAUACUGCCAGAGGUGAGCAACGUUGAUAGCCAACGUCUGAUCGAUUGGGCUGAUCAGCGCAUGCAAUGGAUUGCGCCCCUGGCACUGAACUCAAAACUCACCAUGCGCGGCAACACCGAACAACAACUGCUGGCUUCCGUUAAAGCCGCCACUGAAUUCAACGGUGGCCAGGGGCAGCUGAAUAUUUCCAAAAUCAAAGCGCAGCUGAUGCAGAUCGCCGCACUCACCCGGCAGACCGAUCGCGCCUCUACCUGGCCGGACAUAUGGAACUAUGAACAAUUCACCGGUCGAUGGAACAUCGACGGCGCCCUGCACAGCCUGCAGUUUGCACUGGACCACAUGAGCGUGGAUGCCAACGGUAAGUAUGACUACGCUGCCGACACCAUUGACAUGCUGGCCAACGUAACGGUCAACGCCGCGCCUGAAAACAACCCGUUUACAAUCAAUCCGCUGCUUGAGGGAACGCCUAUACCCAUUCGGUGCACAGGGGCUGCAGCAGACCCGACCUGUCAACUGGAUAGAAACGCCGCACAAAACAUAGUCGCCAAAGCACUGCAGAGCGGUGACGACUCGGGCUUACGAAAAAAACUUGAACAGAAAAUCGACGAAGAAGUGGCGACCGUUAUCGACUACUACCAGCGUUUUAUGCAGCGCUUCCCUGACGUAGACGCCUUAGCUCGAGCCCCCCUUGAUGACGUUUUACAUCUGUGGACGGGGUUGGGCUACUACGCCCGCGCGCGCAACCUGCACAAAACAGCACAAGCCAUUGUUGAACAACACAAUGGCCACUUCCCCGAAACUCAAGCCGAGCUUGAAGCCCUGCCCGGCAUCGGGCGUUCUACAGCUGGCGCCAUCCGUGCUAUUGCAAUGCACCAGCAGGCCACCAUUCUCGACGGUAACGUGAAACGCGUACUGACCCGAUUCCACGCUGUUUCAGGCUAUCCCGGCAAAAGUGACGUGGCCAAACAGCUUUGGCAACAAGCAGAUGAACACACCCCCGCUGAGCGCACAGCAGAUUUCACUCAAGCGAUUAUGGACCUGGGCGCAACCCUCUGCACUCGACGUCAUCCGGAUUGUUCGACUUGUCCACUGGAAACCAGAUGUCUGGCCAGAAUCAACAAUAAUGUUGCCGACUACCCAGCCAGCAAACCCAAAAAAGACAAGCCUAUUCGCCGGGCACGCUUUUUUGUGCUGUCGCUGACCAAUAACGCCACGCUGCUCGAGCGAAAACCUUUAAACGGAUUAUGGGGCGGUUUAUGGACACCGCCAGAGAGAGACAUCUCAACCUCUGUAGAUACAUUCCUGAACGAACUGGAGAUCCGUUCGACUCGAGUAGAACGGCAGCAUGUUGCGCCUGUUUUUCGCCACACCUUUACCCACUUCCACCUGGAUAUUGAACCUGUGUACAUCACCCUGGAUGAUCUGCCAGAAAGUUACGUUGGCGAAGAAACCCGGCGCUGGGUUAAUCCUGAGCACAUAAAUGGCGAAAACCAGGCCAUUGGUCUUUCCGCCCCAGCCGUUAAACUACUGGCCAGUUUAAAAGAGCCUUUUACAUCAUGA